AAUCGAUGGUUCAAAUAGUGUCUGCCAAAAAUAAUUACUUCACUAGGAACAUGUGCACGUUUGAACGUCGAAAAAAGUUUUAGGUACUACAAACACAUUCUAUACUGUUCCGAGCAUAAAAUAUUUCCAUUUCUGUUUUAUCAAAGUUUUCUUGGUUUUUUUUUUUUUUUUAUAUGAUGAAAUUCGUAUUAAUCGUGGUUAUAUUUAUAUCCCUACAAUACGAGUCUUUUCAAUAUGACAUGAACUCACAGUUUUAUCGGCCAUAUUACAAUAAUUAUAAUAGUUACAAUAAUAGAUACACACCGACUAUGUACAGAUAUCCACCACAAAGCACUACAGCCUAUAGUGUCUAUAGAAAUUAUAUGCCAGAAAACAGGAGUUAUGGUAUUCUAAAAAAGCCAACAAUUGUUCAACAAAUGCCAAUACAACAGGAUGAUGUUCUGACGAGGAUGAAAUUAAUAAUGGCGCAAUUGAAAAAUAUUCAAGAUCAAUCAGCUGACAGGUUAUCAAAGACAGAAUAUGAUCCAAAUGCUGAAAUUUACAAAGGAAGGUUUACAAGAAAAACGGCGGCAUCAAAUAGAUCAGCAUCUGUGUAGUAUAUUGAGUAAAAAAAAAAAAAUGAUAAUAAUAAUAGAUAAUAUUAAUAUAAUAUUGAAAUUUUUUAGACUACUAAACUAUAUUGUACAAUUAAUACAUAGUUGUAUAACAACAUGAAAAAAUUAACAAAAACUGUCAUGAAUAACUAUUAUUAUUAAAAAUUAAAUGCAAUCAUUA